AUGACCAUACAGGUCAGACAGAAAACAACUCAGAUGGUCACUACAAAAGCUCAUAAAGGACAAGAACGUGACAGUAGAAUUAUAACUCUGGGUCAGGUCGACUGUUGUUAUAUAUAUCAAUAUAUCUAUAUUGAUAUACAGGCGUUGUAUGAUAAACCAGCGUCAGUCUCUAUAGAUAAUUUAUUUAAACAACUCAGUUUAAAAGAGGAAGAUGUGUCACGUUGGGAGCCGAUACGACGAGCGGCAGACGGAAUAAUACAGGAGAAAAAUAUGAUCAUUGAAAAAUUAAAGAAUCGUAUUCUACAGUUAGAAGAAGACUGUAGUUUAAAUGAGACAAGAUUAAAACAUGCUCUAAUUAAUCAAGAUGAUACAGGUGAUACAUUACAUCAUAAAAUACAGGAAUUACAGUAUAAAUACGCAACGUUAAAAACAGAAUUAAUAGAUACCAGAUCUCAGAAAAAUAUAGAAAUAGACGAACUUGAAGUUAAACUAGGUGCAACUGAGUAUGAAUUAGAUCAGUUGAAGAAAACAAUGAAAAAUAAAGAAACAAAUUCUUCAGAUUUACAGUUUCAGUUGAAAGAAAAAGAUGGUGAAGUACGGGAAUGGCAGACAAAGUUUACGGAGAUGAAAGAUAGUUCGUUAGAAUUAAAACGUAAAUUAGACAGUCUAGAACAAUAUCUGGGUGAUUUACCUACAUCAGAAGAAACAAAACAACUGAAAGAAGAGAUGACUCUCAAGGAAACUAAGAUUCACGAACUAGAACGAAAAUUAAAACAUGCACGAAAGGUUUUAACUCAGAGAGAGUUUCAGCAACGGGAGAUGUCAGAGAAAGAACACCACCUACUGGAGAAAUUGAAAAGUCUGUCUGAAGAAAACGAUAGAUUAAAACUUGAUGAUACGACAGCUGCGUUGUUUAAAUCACAAGAAGAAUUACGUGACGUUCGUGAAGAGAAAGAAAGAUAUGCUAUUGAUUUAGAGAAAGCUAAAAAGUUAUUAGAAGAUACUCAUCGUAAACUUCGUCACCAGGAGGUCAAAUAUCAGACGGAAUUACGUCAGUUUACAGAACGGGUCGGGCAGGAAGAGGAGGCAGUGGAGAUACUACGUCAAGAUCUCACUAAGAAAGAUGAACUAAUCUUUAAAAUAAAGAAAUCCAUGAAACAGUUAAACACGCAACAUCAAGAUCUACUAGAACAGAAUUUAAUAUUGAAAGAGCAGUUAAAACAUUACGAAUUAAAAUGUACAGAUGAGAAUUUAAAACAACAACGAAGGUUUAUGCAGGAGUUAGGAUUGUGUUUCUCCGAGUUACAGUCCAUAGUUCACGUCUGUACCCAGAGAGCAAAGGGAGAAGACCCCAAUUUGGCAAUAUUACUUGGAGUCAAAAAAAGCGUAGAUGAUGAAGCCAGUGGAAUGACAGAUGAUGAUCUGGAGAAAGAAACUAUCUCACAAUGGACGUCAAAAUUAAAAGAGAUUCGAGUGGAGGUUGAUAGGUUACGUGUAUUUCUGACUAAUAAGUACGCGGAAGAUAUGGCGGGGGAUAAUAACUGUACAACACAAUAAUCAUCAGACAACAUCACAAUCAUAACGAGGCUACAUCUUACUCUGGCCACAUAUUCUCAAAAUGAUCUUAGAGCUAGUAUAUCCUAGUGUUAGAAGAUAAGAACCUAGGAAAUCCUACAAAUAAUGUUAGAAGAUGAAGUUUGUAAUAGCUUGACAUUGUGAAGAUGAAGUUUGUAAUAGCUUGACAUUGUGAAGAUGAAGUUUGUAAUAGCUUGACAUUGUGAAGAUGAAGUUUGUAAUAGCUUGACAUUGUGAAGAUGAAGUUUGUAAUAGCUUGACAUUGUGAAGAUGAAGUUUGUAAUAGCUUGACAUUGUGAAGAUGAAGUUUGUAAUAGCUUGAUAUUGAGAAGAUGAAGUUGGUAAUAGCUUGACAUUGUGUAGAUGAAGUUUGUAAUAGCUUGACAUUGUGAAGAUGAAGUUUGUAAUAGCUUGACAUUAGCUUGACAUUGUGAAGAUGAAG